AUGCUCGGCCUAGGCGAUAAAUGCCCUCUUGAACCAGCUGUUUUCGCUCCAGCGCUGAGAUCGGCAGCAAACUCUCAGCUAGCAACCUUGAAAUUAAUCACCCUCAUUCUAGAGGCUGGUGGGAAGCGCAUCAUCAAGGACGAUCUAUCCCGAGCUUUAUACAACAUUGCCAAGUAUGAGCGGCCAUUCAUCACAAGCCUCUUGCUGGAGAAGGGAGCAGACCCAUCCAGAAAAUAUGACACAGGAAUGACGGCACUUCAUCUGGCGACCUUCAACCGCAACAACGCCACUGCUAAACUACUCAUCAGCCACGGGGCGAACGUCUCGGUAAAAGACAACGAUGGACAGACAGCUCUCCAUAUAGCUGCGCACUACAACUGCCAUGCAAUAGCUGUGAAACUCAUCGAGGCAGGCGCCGAUAUCUCCGUUAAGGACAAGCGGCAUCUUACUCCUCUACACUUGGCGGCGAACUAUGGCAGCUAUGAGGUUACGAGACUUCUUAUUGAGCACGGCGCUGAUCCCUGGGCACAGGCUCCCGAGGGCUGGAUGCCGUUAAAUCUUGCGGCUUUGAAGAAACAGGAUCGUGUGUUGGAGGUGUUGCUGGCUACUGAGAAAGUAACUUUCUCUGUUGAAGAGCGCGAACGAAUUGUUAGGCUCAUGGGAGAUCGAUACCCUGAUUUUUGA